AUGGAAGCCAACGCUGUUAACCACAAUUCAAACAUUAACAAUUCUCAACCGCUAACCAAAGCCAAAGCCCCACAACCUCCAAGAACCGGCACAGCGGUUAGAAUAACCACCAAAAAGUCUAACAGCGAAUUAAGAGAAAUUCUUCAACAAAUUUGCUCUAAAUAUCUCAAAGACGCCGAAGAAAACACACAACCAGACGCUACAUACAAUACUCAGUUCUGUGAAGUUCUGAACAAAGCAAUUACUAGUUCAAUUGAACUUACUAAGACAAUUCCAAGUCCAAUUGAGCUUAGCGAUGUCUUAGUUCAGUAUUUUCCAACAUUUACUAAGCUUAUAAUGUUGAGAACUUUAUACCAAGUUCGUCAAAAUCUUCCUCGUUACAUCCAACGGUCAUUCGACAAGAGAAUUGCCGAAUUUCAAGUCUUUAGUUACGGAUAUGACGAAGAUGAAUACGUUGACGAGUUCGGAGACAACUGUACAAAAGUUAGCUACAUCUUUUGA